AUGUCGGAUUUCCCAAUCCAUGGCCUUUGGCCAGGGAAUGCUACAGGUCACACUCCUUUUACGUGUAAUGUUCCUCCAAGUCCAAAGACGGUCGAAAAAGUGUGGUUAAAUGACAGGAGCCUAAAGAAUUUCUUGGGGCUGUAUUGGCCUUCUUUGGAGGCUCGCUGGACUGACGAAAAGUUAUGGAAGCAUGAGUGGGCCAAGCAUGGGUAUUGCACAUCAGAAAUCGUCCCAGAUGUUGAAUAUUUUAAUGGGGCGAUAACAUUUGCGAGACGACUGAUAAAUAUGCUUAAAACGUUAAAGGAGGGUAAAAUGGGUCCAACAAAUCAUAAGGCUUACACUGUAACGGCUAUGAAGACAUUUAUCUCCGAACGAGUGUUAGAAGAUAAAAAUAUUGAUGUUUACAUCUCAUGUGAGCGGGCUAGUUCUUCUUACGUCUUCUUAAAGCAAAUUCACUUCUGUUUGGACAAAUCGCUCAACACAUUUAUAUCUUGCCCCAAAAGUACAGCCACAAGAGGCUGUGGUAGAGGAAACGUUCCCAAUCUCAUAUUUCCAACUAGGGCAAUUUAUCACUAG